AUGAAAAUCAGCAUGAUGAUGUUUCUAACCAAGAGAAUUAUGCCACAAUUGCAUUACUUGCAUCGUUGUAAAUCUACCUUGAGUGCAGAUCAAUGCAGUGUAUAUGACCUAGUGAUUGUCGGCGGUGGCAUCGUUGGAUGUGCCACCGCUCGCGAAAUGAUUAUGAAACAUCCGAAUCUAAAAAUGGCCAUUGUGGAGAAGGAAAACGCUCUAGCUAUGCAUCAAACAGGGCAUAACAGUGGCGUAGUGCACGCAGGCAUUUAUUAUACACCAGGUAGCAUGAAGGCAAAACUCUGUGUGGAAGGUCUAAAACUCUCUUAUGACUACUUUUGUAAGAAUAACAUUCCUCACAAGAAAAUUGGUAAAUUGAUUGUCGCUCAGAAUCCGGCUCAAGUUAAGAGGAUAGAUGAUCUUUUUGAUCGAGGCACGAAAAACAAUGUGCCGGAUCUUCAAAUCGUUGAGAAAGAUUGCAUAUCAAAAUACGAACCCAAGUGUAAGGGAGAAAAGGCUUUAUGGUCACCGUGGACUGGCAUAGUAGAUUGGGCGGUCGUGUGCAAAGCUUUUGCCGAAGACUUUCAGAAGAUGGGAGGUGAAAUUUUCCUCAAUUUCGAAGUGAUCGGAUUCACAGAGAUGACGGAAUCGAAAGGACAAAGCCAGCUGGCUCCUAUAUUAAUUCAAUCAAAAAAUCGAUGCAUACCAGCAAAACACGUACUGACAUGCGCCGGUCUACAUUCGGAUCGCCUGGCAGUAAUGACGGGCUGUGACGUAAAUCCACGAAUAGUUCCAUUUCGCGGAGAGUACCUAUUAUUGAACGAAAACAAGCGGCAUCUUAGUACGACUAACAUAUAUCCUGUACCUGAUCCUAGAUUUCCAUUUCUGGGUGUACACUUUACACCCAGAAUGAAUGGUGAAAUCUGGUUAGGGCCUAAUGCUGUUCUCGCAUUUGCCAGAGAAGGCUACAGCUGGUUUGAUAUAAAUAUAAAGGAUUGCAUAGAAAUGGCGAAGUUCCCUGGUUUAUACAAAUUGUGCUUCCGAUAUUUCCUACCAGGCUGCAUGGAAAUGAUUAAAUCAAUUUUCUAUCCUUUGGCAAUGAAAGAUCUUCAGAAAUUUAUUCCCGAAGUUACAUAUAAAGAUGUCAAAAGAGGACCGACAGGUGUGAGAGCGCAGGCACUAGAUAAAGACGGCAAACUAGUGGACGAUUUUGUUUUCGAUGAAGGUACUGGUAAAAUCGGAAGUAGAGUAUUACAUUGUCGAAACGCACCAUCUCCUGCUGCGACUAGCUCUUUGGCAAUAGCAAAAUUCAUUGUUGAUAAACUUGAUCGCGAUUUUAAAUUUUAACUUGUCAAUAUUUAAUAUACAUACUUAUCUAAUUACCUAUAAAUUAUUUAAAUUUUAUUUAAUGUUGUAAAAUAUCUAAGAAAUAUUUUUGAUAAGAGAAUAUAGUAAAGAGAAUCGAAUAUAAGAUUUUACUUUGUUUCAGCAUUUUCUAAAAUUCCUAAUUAAUAUAUAUAUUUCGACAUAAAAAUAUUAAAUUUACUUGAUAUUAAUAUCUACAAUGCAUUCACACUCUAAGCAUCAUGACCAAUUUAUUUUAUUGUGUAAACUAAUAAAUAAUUUUUAUAAUAUGGAAA